UGCAAAGAGUGUAUAUUUAGUUUCUUGAAGCUGCAUGAACAUUGAGAAAUGUUGAUAUUAUCUUAUCUUGCACAAUCUGCAGCUUGUCCGGUGAACUUUGAGUUUCUCAAUUACACCAUCAUCACAAGCCAAUGCAAAGGACCAAAGUUCCCACCUGAUAGCUGUUGUAAUGCUCUCAAGGAGUUUGCUUGCCCUUACACUGAGGAAAUUAAUGACCUAACUACAGAUUGCGCAUCAAUCAUGUUCAGCUACAUUAACCUGUAUGGAAACAACCCUCCUGGCCUUUUUGCUGCUGAGUGUCGGGAAGGUAAGGAAGGACUCGCAUGCCCUGCACUUCCACCAUCAAUGACAGACAACGCAAACACAGGUACCAUUGUUCCUAAUCCAUCCACACUGGUACUGAUGACAAUUAGCUUCCUAGUGUUGGUAUACCAGUUACUAUGA